AUGUAUGCUACAUUAGUAGCUAUUGAAAAACCUAUCAGUGAAGAUGUAAUGUAUACAAUACGACAAACAUGCUCAGCAUGGAAACAAAUACGAACGAAAUUAUUAGUAAGUAAAUGUUCUACAUAGAAAAUUUUGAAUUUCAGAAAAUAUACAAUGUGCAUUCCUACGGGAUUAGAAUGUAAAACAUGAUGUCGCUACUCUAUCAAAGGGAGAAUGUUUUAUUCUAUCGAUUUUAAAAUAUAUUUUUUUUACCCUCGUUGAAAUAUGGUCUGUAGAAGGUGUAAAUUUCUACUCUAUAUACUUCGGUAUUCGUUUUAGAUCAUGUUUCACGAUUAGAGGUGUAAGCCGAAGGGCCAAACAGCGGCGGCGCCUUUAACGGUCAAUUUUUUUUGCAUAGUGGCGGCGCCUCCUAGACUUUAUGUUUUUGUACACCGGCAGCGGCGGCUGCUGCUAGACUUUAUGUUUUUCUGCACCGGCGGUGGCUUUGACAACCAAAAAAAGAAAAAAAACGUCUUUGCAUAUGUAUCGAUGUCAACGGCGGCGGCGCUUUAUACUAUUAUCAAAAGUUUUCGUUCGUGACGGCGGCGCACCGGCUGAACUUACUUUUUCACAGCGGCGGCUCCUAAAAAAUUCUUAAAAUUAUCUAC